GUCGCAGCAAACAGAAGCGCAAAGCAUAGCCAAGCGCAAAGUAGAAUGUGUUGAUAAAAUAAAAGAAAAUAUGCCAGUAGCCAAAGGCAAUAAAUAAAAGUGAAGUGAAUUUAAGCAUAUCAAGCAUACGCCGUGUGAUUACAACUAUUUAAAAUGGCUGCCAUGACAUCUUCUCGGCCCCGCGAGCGUUUGCUCUAUGCAUUCCGUGGCUGGAUAGCGUUUGUUGCCUUUAUGGAUCUGGGCACUGCUUUCCGCAGCUACAUCGAACGUCGCAGUUUUCUAGGCGAUCAUAGUGAUACGCAAUUUAUUGAAGGGGACUAUACUAUAUCGCGCAUUAUUGGAAUGUACUGUCUUCUUAAAGCCAUCGCCCUCGUCCAUUGCACGCUCUAUAUACACUAUCGACCCGUUGUAAGCAUGGGUGGCUGCUCAUUAGCCCUCACUAUGGUCUUCUAUGUUACGGAAACUCUCUACUUUCGUUCGAGCACUUUGAAUUUCUAUGUUAUCUUUCCCUGCGUUUUGAACACUAUUACGCUACUGGGAUUGAUAUACAUACCCAAGCGUCUACGCCUUUGGGAGCCUCAUUUGGAUAUGGACGAUGAGAACUCGCAGCUAUUGAAGCAAAUGACUGGAUUUAAGCGUAGACGGGCGAAAAAACAAUAGUCUGAAACUUCUGGCUACGCAACGAAUCAUCAAUUUAUGAAAAUGCAUGGAAGAGUAUAUUAUCCAUAAUUGACUGCAUAUUGAUGUGAUCCAAAAAGAAAAAGGCAUCGUGGGAGCCUUCUAUAUUAACUAAUAGCAAUAUUAUCCAAAGCCAAAGUAGUGAUUUUUCUCUAGAUUAAGUAAAAGCAAUUUCUUCUUAACCUCUGCACGCAUACUUAAGUCAAUUUCUGACAUAAUUACUUAGCAUUUUGUACUUCCUGUUGAAAAACCAUACCAUAUAGAUAAAAACAUACAGUUUUUUAGAAUUUUAAAAGUCACAUAUGCCGUUUUAAACCAUUAACAUAAGUUGACAAUUAGCAAGCUGAGCAAGUUUAUUAUUCGACUCGUAAAAAUGGCUUUAAAUUUACAUAUUUGUUUAUAUACAUAUACAUUAAAAUAUUGUUAGUAUUAAGGGAAAUUUUCCAUUGGACUCACGUAUAUCAUCAUACAUCAAGUUAAAGGCAAUAUUUGCACUUGAACAUUUAUAUCAAAUUUACAUAGAGAGCAUAAAUGCUUUGCGUUAAAUCGUUCACAUUUAAUUAAUGAAAAUUAACAAAUUACUCGUGCAAUAAUAGA